GACGGACGCGGUGACGUCAGCACGCGCGGGACUGACGUCGCAGGUCCCCCGCCCCGCCCCGCGCGCAGGCGCACUGCCCCCGCGAAGCUCCGGACGCCUCGGACGCGCGUGUGCGACCCGGCGAGGGUUCCGAGCAGUGAUUUGAACGCCCCGCCCCGGAGCCCAGGUGCCCAGGUGCCCCCGGCCCCGGAAGCCGGCGGCCAUGGGGCCCCACAGUUUGGAGAAGAUGGUGCAGCUGCAGAGGAACCCCGCGAACGUCAGGAACAUCUGCGUGUUGGCGCACGUGGACCACGGCAAAACUACCCUGGCCGACUGCCUCAUAUCCAGCAAUGGAAUCAUCUCCAGCCGCCUGGCAGGCAAGUUACGGUACAUGGACAGCCGGGAGGACGAGCAGAUCCGGGGCAUCACCAUGAAAUCCAGCGCCAUCUCCCUGCAUUACGCACAAGGUGGCGAGGAGUACCUCAUCAACCUCAUAGACUCCCCGGGCCACGUGGACUUCUCCUCCGAAGUGUCCACGGCCGUUCGCAUCUGCGACGGGUGCAUCAUCGUGGUCGAUGCCGUGGAGGGAGUCUGCCCACAGACACAGGCAGUUCUGCGCCAGGCCUGGCUCGAAAACAUCCGGCCCGUGCUGGUGAUCAAUAAGACCGAUCGCCUGAUCGUGGAGCUGAAGCUCACCCCUCAGGAGGCCUACUCCCACCUCAAGAACAUCUUAGAGCAGAUCAAUGCGCUCACGGGAACUCUUUUUACUUCUAAAGUCCUAGAAGAGAGGGCGGAGAGAGAGAGCGAGGCCCCCGGGGCCCCGGGGGCCGACCGGGCGGAGCAGGUGUACGACUGGAGCGCGGGCUUGGAGGACGCGGACGACUCCCACCUGUACUUCUCCCCGGACCAGGGCAACGUGGUCUUCGCCAGCGCCAUCGACGGCUGGGGCUUCGGAAUUGAGCACUUUGCCCAAAUCUACAGUCAAAAAAUUGGCAUAAAAAAGGAAGUUCUUUUGAAAACAUUGUGGGGAGACUAUUACAUAAAUAUGAAGGCCAAGAAGAUCAUGAAGGUGGAUCAGGCGAAAGGAAAGAAGCCGUUAUUCGUGCAGUUAAUCCUGGAGAAUAUAUGGAGCUUGUACGACGCUGUCUUGAAAAAGGACAAAGAAAAGAUUGAUAAAAUCGUCACCUCCUUGGGGUUGAAGAUCGGGGCCCGGGAGGCGCGGCACUCGGACCCGAAGGUCCAGGUCAGCGCCAUCUGCAGCCAGUGGCUGCCCAUCUCCCAGGCUGUGCUCGCCAUGGUGUGUCAGAAGCUCCCCAGCCCCCUCGACAUCACACCUGAGCGCGUGGAGAAGCUGCUGUGCUCGGGCUCCCAGACGUUCGACUCGCUUCCGCCGGAAACCCAGGCGCUGAAGGCCGCUUUCAUGAAAUGCGGGAGUGACGAGACCGCGCCCGUCAUCAUCUUUGUGUCCAAAAUGUUUGCUGUUGACACUAAGGCUUUGCCUCAGAACAGGCCCAGGCCUCUCACUCAGGAAGAAAUUGUGCAGAGGCGUGAGCAGGCGAGACAGAGGCACGCGGAGAGGCUCGCGGCAGCUCAGGACCCGGCACCCGCGGGGCCCACCGCCGACGGGAGCACCCCUGAAACGAGUCCAGACGGAGAGGAGCCGAAAGGGGGUGAGCCGCAGGUGGGGAGUGUGACCCCUAUGCCUGCGCCGCGGGAAGAAAGCAGCCAAGAGACCAACCAGGAGACGUUCGUGGCGUUUGCUCGCGUGUUCAGCGGCGUGGCCCGCAGAGGAAAGAAAAUCUUUGUCUUGGGGCCUAAGUACAGUCCUGUGGAAUUUCUGCAGCGGGUGCCAUCGGGCUUCUCUACUCCCCUGGACGAGCUGCCUGCGGUCCCCCACAUGGCGUGCUGCACGCUGGAGCACCUGUACCUCCUGAUGGGGCGGGAGCUGCAGGACCUGGAGGAGGUGCCGCCAGGAAACGUGCUGGGAAUCGGGGGCCUUCAGGACUUCGUGCUGAAAUCCGCAACCCUGUGCAGCGUGCCCUCCUGCCCGCCCUUCAUCCCACUGGGCUUCGAGGCCACCCCGAUCGUGAGGGUGGCUAUCGAGCCAAAGCACCCAAGUGAGAUGCCCCAGCUCAUCCGAGGGAUGAAGCUGCUGAACCAGGCCGACCCCUGUGUCCAGAUCUUAAUCCAGGAGACGGGGGAGCACGUGCUGGUCACCGCGGGGGAGAUCCACCUGCAGCGCUGCCUGGACGACCUGCGGGAAAGGUUUGCAAAGGUCGAAAUCAGUGUCUCCGAACCCAUCAUCCCCUUCAGAGAGACCAUCACAAAACGCCCCCGAGUGGACAUGGUCAACGAGGAGAUCGGCAGGCAGCAGAAGGUGGCCGUCAUCCACCAGGCCAGAGACGACCACAGCAGAGUCCCCGAGGGGGUUCAGGUGGACGCCGAUGGGCUGGUCACCAUGACAACGCCCAACAAACUGGCCACGCUCAGCGUCCGGGCCGUGCCCCUUCCGGAAGAAGUCACGCGGCUUCUGGAAGAAAACAACGACGUGAUUCGUUCCAUGGAGCAGCUGACGUCGUCUCUGAACGAGGGCAGGAGCGCUCAGCUGACCCAGAGGACCCAGGAGAGAAUCCUGGGGUUCAAGGGCAAGCUGGAGCAGCACCUGACGGGCAGGAAGUGGAGGGACACCGUGGACCAGAUCUGGUCGUUCGGCCCCAGAAAAUGUGGGCCCAACAUAUUAGUGAAUAAAAGCGCCGACUUCCGGAGCUCCGUGUGGGCAGGCCCCGCGGGCACCGCCACCCAGGAGGCCAGCCGGUACCGGGACGUGGGCAACAGCAUCGUGAGCGGCUUCCAGCUGGCCACGCUCGCCGGCCCCAUGUGCGAGGAGCCCCUCAUGGGCGUCUGCUUCGUCCUGGAGAGAUGGGACCAGAGCAAGUUCGAGGAGACAGGAGCCAGCGACAGUCGGGAUCCGGGGGGAGAGGGGCCCGGCGGAGCGGCGAGCUGUGCCCCGGGAGACGGGGGCGAAGGGCGGCGAGGCGGCCACCCCGAGCCCGGUGAGAAGAGGGCGGCGCAGAAGGCAGAGCCGGCCCUGGCGGACUGCUACGGGCCCCUGUCGGGGCAGAUGAUCGCCACCAUGAAGGAGGCCUGUCGCUACGCCCUGCAGGUGAAGCCGCAGCGUCUGAUGGCGGCCAUGUACACCUGCGACAUCAUGGCCACCAGCGACGUGCUCGGCCGGGUCUACGCCGUCCUGUCCAAGAGGGAGGGCCGCGUGCUGCAGGAGGAGAUGAAGGAGGGCACCGACAUGUUCAUCAUCAAGGCCGCGCUGCCCGUGGCCGAGAGCUUCGGCUUCGCCGACGAGAUCCGCAAGAGGACCAGCGGCCUGGCCAGCCCGCAGCUGAUCUUCAGCCACUGGGAGGUCAUUCCCAGCGACCCCUUCUGGGUGCCGACCACGGAGGAGGAGUACCUGCACUUCGGGGAGAAGGCCGACUCCGAGAACCAGGCCCGCAAGUACAUGAACGCGGUGCGCAGGCGCAAGGGCCUCCCCGUGGAGGAGAAGAUCGUGGAGCACGCGGAGAAGCAGCGGACCCUCAGCAAGAACAAGUAGCCCGCGGGCGGCCUGUGUCCAAUAAACGCACCGCGGCCGGGCUGCCCGGGAGCGCCCUGCUGCGCCGUCUGUGUGCGCUCGCUGCCAGUGCGGAGCCAGACCGCAGGGAAGGGGGUCAGAGAGCUCGCUUCCUGCGGGUUCUCAUUGAUCAGGUGCAAGGCAAGCGGGAGUGCAGCGUCCGGUGACCGACUCCCACCCGUGCCCCCGCCUGUCCCCGCCUCACACCCCCUCACGUCUAAACACGUCCCGUAGCUCAGCGCCCAGUACUGUCUGGAGAGACCCACUUUUUCUUUUUUUAAAUGUAUUUGUAUUGAUUUCAGGGAGGGAGAGAGAAACAUCCAUGAUGAGAGGGAAUCAUGGACCGGCUGCCUCCUGCACGCCCCCCACUGGGGAUUGAGCCCGCAACCCGGGCACGUGCCCUUGACCGGGAAUCGAACCCGGGACCCUUCAGUCCGCAGGCUGACGCCCUAGCCACUGAGCUAAACCAGCCAGGGCGCUUUAUUUAGUCCAGGUCACUAUUAUAGCCAAUCCACCUUAAGGUUCAUUUGUCUAGAAAACGCGAUGUUCACUGGUUAGCCUGUAAACCCAUUUUUAUAUUCCCUCGCAAAUCACAUCACUCGUAUUUACAUACGUGUUCAGGAAAGUUAGGCUCCAUACCUUUUUCUUUAAAAAAAAAAUAAAUAAAUUUUUAUAUCGUUCUGGGCCGUUUCUUCUUAGCCCUACUCAGGAUAUUAGCUAACAUGGCAAGAUUAUUGCCUUGAUUGUAAACCUUUUACGGAAACCUGUUGCCUCGCUCUGAGAGAUUUCCAUAGAAGGAACAGAUGCAAUUUAGUAAAAAGUGGAUUUUGUAAUUUUUGAUGUUGCACUAAUAGUUUGUAUAGCCACUUAAAGAAAGGAUUCUUUUUCAAAACACAUAAGAUGGUUAGACCAGACCUUGUUUUUGAAAUGUUUUUACUGAUUUUUAAAAAAUAAACUAGAUCAUUCUUAA